AUGCCAUUUGUUACAGAAAAUACAAAAAUAUUUCUUAUAUUACCAUUAUUUCAUGAUGAUCAACAACAAACAAUUAAAUUUUUAAGACAUUGUAAUCAAACAAUAUUUGAUAAAGAAUCAAGAGAUAAAUUAGAAAUUCUUUUAACACAUAUUGUUACAACAAAACAAGAAUUUCAACAAACACAAAAAUGGUUUGAACCAAUUCGAAAAGAAGUUGAACUUUUACGUCAUAUACGUUUACAAUUAUCUGUAACAUAUCAUACAUUAUUAUUACCAACAAAAUCUUAUAAUCAAUUUAUUCUUAUUGAUUAUUUUGAAUCAAAAUUACGUAAAAAUGCUUUAAUAUUUCUUACUACAUCUUAUGUUGAUAUUGAAUCAGAUUUUUUAAAUCGUUGUCGUUUAAAUGUUAUUGAUAAUGUUCAAGUAUUUUUUCCCAUUGCUUUUUAUCAAUAUCAUCCAAAUAUAAUUAAUCGAAUAAGUAAUGUAUCAGAUCAAAUAAUUGAAUUACAUAAAAAUCAUGGAUGGUUUAAUUCUUAUUCAUAUGAUCAUGCAGCAUUUUAUAUGAGUGAUUAUUUAAAUUCAAAACAUUCAAUACAUUUAUCAAAUUAUACAGAUUUAUUUGAUUUAUUUCAUAAUACAGAUAUACAUAUGCUACGAGGACCAGAUCAAUCAUUAAGACAUCAUUAUAAAAAUUAUAAAUGUGAUCAAGGAAAACAGACAGAAGAAGAAUUUGGACGAUGUUUAAUACAACGAGAGAAAGGAUUAGCAUCUCGAUCACAAUUGGCCAUGGUUAUUAUCGAAGAAGAAGAAAAACAAGUAAAACGUUCAAAACAAAAUACUAAAUUAAAAAAAUUAAAAAGUAAAGAUUAUGAAUAA